GCACACAUUCAGAAGCAGUUUAACACACAACACCCUUUGGAACAAAAGGGAAUCGUAGUGAACAUAUUUUUGUCGAAAAUCGUAAAGAUGAAGUUCAUAAUUUCUCUGGUGGUUUUAAGUUGCGCGGUUUUCGAAGCUCGAGGAUAUCCGUACGCGUAUUAUCCGUCUUAUGGAAAUGUUGAUACCUUCUCAUACGGCGAUGGCAGCCGCGGCGGCAUGGCGAUGAGUCGCUACUACAACCCUUACUACAACCCCAGUGCUGUCGGUGGCGGCAUGGCUGCCUUCAUGGUCCGCCAGCCUGAGGCCCAGGCCACGCCCUCCCAGUCCAGCCAGUACUACGUCCCCGACAGACGUCGCCAAACACAGCAAGAGGUCAACUACGCCCCUCCCCAGCAGAACGAAGUCUACUACCCUCAACAACCUGACAACCAAGCCUUCGUCCCCACUGAGGCCACCGAACUUGCCGACCCAACUGACAAGGCUGAAGCAGCUCCAACCACAAUCAAAUCUGUGGCUGUACCUGAACUGGUUGAGCCUGAAAUCGAACAAGUUCCAGAGGAAGAACCCGUCCAAAAGCCAAAGAAGGUGAACAAGAAGAAGCAAGUCAAGAGGCCGAUUGAUGACGAAGAUGAAGAGGAAUAUGCGCCAAGGAUGCCUGCUGCUGCCUUCUUCCCCAUGUUCUUCGGCUACGGUGGUCGCGGAGGUGGCCCCGGAGGUCCCACAGCCGUGGCUAACGCCUACAGCACCGGCAGAGGAGGAGUAGCCACGAGCCACGCCACCGCAUACGGAACCCCCCGACAAGAUGAGCGAUCAUAAAUGUAUCACAAGUUGUUAGAGAUAAGUGUAAAGUUUAUAUCUUCAUGUUGUUAUAUAUUUUUAUAUGUAUAGAUUUAAUGCGCAUUUCAUGAUUCAUUAAAAUAUUUUUUGCCAUUAA